GGGAAGCCCGGCCGGCGUGGGGAACCCGGACCUGCAGGGCCCCUUGGCUUGGAUGGCAAACCGGGACCUCCAGGACCAAAAGGGGAAAAGGGGGAAGCAGGAGACAUUGGCCCAAGGAUGGUUUUUCCCCACCUCAGUCAUGGAUUUCUGGCUAAUGAUCAGCUUGUCUUUAGCCGGCGAGUGCUCAAGGGUGAUCAAGGUCGAGAUGGAGCCACGGGCCCCCCUGGUCCACCAGGACCCCCAGGUGCCCGGGGGCCUCCUGGUGACACGGGAAAGGAUGGCCCCAGAGGACCUCCAGGCUCCCCUGGUUUCAAAGGCGAGCCAGGAGAGGAUGGAGUCAUGGGUGCCAGAGGACCUCCAGGACCAAAGGGUGAGCCUGGUGUCCAGGGGAAAAAGGGUGAUGAUGGGAUCCCUGGGGAACCAGGACCUGUGGGCCCUAAGGGAGAAAAAGGAAGCGUGGGUCCCAAGGGAGAGAACGGCACAGAUGGCUUCCCAGGAAUAAAGGGUGAACCUGGUGAGAAGGGAGGAAUUGGCUCCAUUGGACCCCGGGGUCCCCCUGGGCUGAAAGGGGAGCAGGGAGACACCGUCGUGAUCGACUACGACGGCCGAAUCCUGGACGCGCUCAAGGCUGCAGGGAUACACAAAGUGCUGGGUCCACCAGGUCCCCCAGGGCCACCGGGCCCCCAAGGCACUCCAGGUCCCAAGGGAGAGCUGGGCUUGCCAGGUCCACCUGGAAUGGAUGGUGAAAAGGGUCCCAAAGGAGCAAAGGGUGACCAGGGCAGCGUGGGGACCAUGGGGCAGAAAGGAGAGACAGGAGAAGUGGGCUCAGCAGGUCCCCCGGGAGCAGAAGGGCCAAAAGGAGACAAAGGAGACAAAGGAGACACGGGGUCACCAUGUCUGCAGAAUAAUCAUAUCAUACCUGAGCCUGGACCCCCUGGAUUACCUGGCCCUAUGGGUCCUCCAGGAAUCCAGGGGCCUAAAGGUCUGGAUGGUGCAAAGGGAGAGAAAGGUGACACUGGUGUGAAGGGGGACCAAGGUGACACCGGACCUGCUGGUCUCCCAGGUGCUCCAGGGCUCAUUGGUUUACCUGGUACCAAAGGAGAAAAGGGAAAGCCAGGAGAGCCAGGAUUGGAUGGUUUCCCUGGUCUCAGAGGAGAGAAGGGAGAGAGAAGUGAAAGAGGCGAGAAGGGUGAACGAGGAAUACCAGGGAGAAAAGGGGCCAAAGGACAGAAGGGGGAACCAGGCCCCCCUGGACUGGAUCAGCCUUGUCCCGUGGGAGAUCAUAGCAUUGCAGGCAGCAAAAGGGACCCAGGUUUGCCAGGCCUGGAUGGGGUGAGCCUGCCCUGCCCUUUGGUACAGUAUCUGCUCUGCCUUGCAUGGUUUGUGUGUGUUCCUGCUGUGACCAAGCCCUGUCCCCAGGAGCAAACCCCUCCAGGGAGGAAAAGGACACAGGGCAGCAGAGCUGGAACAAGAUGUUUCACUCUGGCAUUUGGGGAAGGAUGCCAGAGUUGUGCCUCCUUCUUUCCAGUUAAAAUUACUUUAGAUAGGGAGUGUAAAUCUUGGGAGAUCAUGCAGGGGAUGCCAGUCCCUUUAUGGUAACAGAUGCUCAAAGUUAGUUAUGGUUUCUCUCAGUGCCUAUGGCCCAGUUUGGUUCCCCUCGUGCCUGUGCUGCUGCAGCCCUGAGUCCCAUCCCCAGCUGGGAUUUGAAAAGCUUUCCUCAAACAAACAGUCCUGCAGAGCAGGGCCACUGGCACUCUGGGCACCAGAAGGGUUUUGCUGUGUCAGCACAGAGCUCUGCUCAGGUUGAGUCCAGUGCUUAUGCAGGAAGGUUCGUGCUCUGCUCCCCAAAAGGGCUCUGCACCACUAGCUAAGAGAGGUCAUUGUUUUAUUUUCAUUUUUUUAACCACAGAAAAUGCUGUGUGUUAGAUGAUUUGCAGUUGUCCUCAGAAAAACAAAAGGGCAGUAAGCUGUUUCUCUUUCAAAAAGUUAAAUUACUUUCAGAUGUGUCCAAGAAACCAAUUCCUAACAGCAAGCCUGCUCUAACUUCUUACUUACUCCCCAGAGAUGUUCUAUUUCCCAAGCAUCUCCCAUCCUAACUACACAGAAAACACAGGACCCAUCUCUGUUGAAGGCACUGUAAGCUGCAGUGGGUGAUUCCUCCAAUUAACUACAACAUGACCAUUUAGCAAAGCACUUGUGCAUCUUCCUGGUUAGUUGCAGGUUGGUUGAAACGUUGACUUUGUUCUGCAGCCCAGGGUGCAGAGGAGGCUUGCUGGGCUUUGAGUCCAGGAGCAGCAGCAUGAGCCCCACACACAGCCACAAAGAGUCAUUUUGGAGUCACUCAAGUGAAACACGGUAGAAAGGUGUGGAGUUUUAUGAUGGCCAAAAUAAGUAUUCUGAGUGCACAAGAAGGAGAAGUGCUCAGGGCAGAGAUAAACCCUGACCAUCAGUGUCAGGGAGCACCUUAACAGUAGGUCAGCAUGUUUUAGGUCAAACAACCACUUGUUCCCUGUACCCAUCACCCCAGACAACUCUGGCAAAUGUACAUGUUCUACCCCCCUUUUUUUAAUAGCUUUGGACCAAAAUAUUGACUGUGUCUGCAGAAAAAAAUGUGUGUUUUCUAACUAAGGCUACAGGAAAGCAUGACUGCUUACACUCUGAGUAGCUGGAGAGGGUUACCUUACUCACUGCAUCUGUUUUAUUGGGCAUAGGCUAUUUUACAUAUAAAAUCAAUACAGAAUACAAAAAAAUGUGAUGACUAACAUUUACAGUAAAAAAUGUAAAAUUGCAUUUUGACCUGUAUUUGCACUAGCAGUUCUCUCUGCUGCAUCCACAUCUUCCCAGCCCUAGUGAGUCUGGAGGUGGCUCUGAGGGAAGGGUCAGUGCCUGGGUGCUCUCUGUGGCUCUACAUGCAGAAAUUCAUGUCAUUGGAGAUCCAGGAGCCUUAAACAAAUCCAGCAUCAGGAAAGGCAGCUGAAGUCAGCUAUUUCUUCAUGGGUGUCUUGAGAGAGCUGGUCAUACAUAGCUCGUUCCUCUUCUAAGGGCUCCUUCCUUUCCAGUGUUCUCCUGGAGAGAGAGCUCUUCUGGCUUUCUGAUUUUUGUAUGUUUCUUGUAUCUCCAGUGGAACAAGACAAAUAUUUUCACUCCCUUUGCAUAGUCCAUAACUCAUCCUAUUCUCAGUUCAACAACUCAAGACUUCUUAAAGAAACUAAGUACUGCAGGAUCAAAUUUAACACAAUUAGGAUACCAUCUAGGAAAAAAAUACCUACAUCACCUCCCCCAAACAGAAAAGCACAUUUUAACAAAAAAUACAUUCCCACAUCAUGCUUUCCAUAUAUAUGUCUGAUUGCAAAAUGCACUACCUUAUAAAGCAGAUUAUGAAGUUAAUGAACUGUGAUUUCAAAUCUAUUUGUACACGUCUUCUUUGUUUAAAGGAAAAAAAAGUGUAGAUUUCCAAUUUUUUUUUUUUAGUUUACCCUGAGGUGUAUUUAAUUUUGUGUUGUGCGUGACAUAUGGAUUACAUUGCCUGCAUAUUUAUUUUUGUGCAUAUACAGUAAAUGGGUUUUGCAUGGUAAUUAACAGUGCUGCUAAGCCUUUCAUUGUGACAAAUGAGCUUCAGGUGUUUGGGUCUGACACUUAAGUCUGACACUGUCAGAAAAACUGAAUCUGUAAAUUCAAUUUUGCAGGGACCAGACGGACUGCCAGUAGCAGGAUGUUGGCAUAAGGUACAGUAACAUUAAUAACUGUAUAUCCUUGAACAGGUCCUGAGUAACUCUGCUCCCUGCAUGGUCAAUGUUUGCAGUGCUGAACAUGCUUUAAGCAGCAGCUCACAGGCCUGGCAGACAUGACAUUAUGCCUUGGGAGAGCAGGAUUCCAGCAGCUUCAGGUCUUGUUCCCCCCAGCUCUAGACUGGUGCUGGGAACACCAAAAACUUCCUGAGCAUGACACAAAUCAUUGUUAACACUGUCAGUAGAGUGCAUUUUUACAGGCCUGCUCAGGCUUUUAUCAUGGCCAAGGAAGCUCAGGAACCACCCAUGGAAAGGCUGCCCCAGGUGCUCGUGUGCCUUUCUCAGUCCAAACCCUCCCAGCUGAGAAGUUAACAAUGGGUUGUCUCUUUGUUGCAGAGUUCCAAACAUUUAUUUUCUAACAAAGACUCUUCUGCCAUUGUAAUUGUAAUUCACAACCACUGCACUGCCUCAGUGCUCUGAUCAGCACCCUGGGUGCAGUGGUCAGGUAAUUUGUAGCAUCUCGUGCACCCAGAGCAGCCUGGGAGAAUGAGGAGAGAUGUGUCCUCCUGUAAAAUGAGGAUUUAAGCCAGACUUGCAGGAGAAUCCUCAUUCUCCAACAAGAGAAUGACUCUGAAGCUGAGUGGAAUUACAAACCAUUGUACAUGUAAACAUGUACAUGGACACAGCUGGAGUUAACAGCAUGCCACUAACCGACUGCAAACCCUCAGUUAGAAUGUGAGCACACCCUUGGUAUAUCCAAGGUUUUAAUUCUGUGUAAUUUGUUUGGAUGCACCAUUAAGAUUAAAGAAAUCUGAAUGCCAAUUCUUAUAGUAUUAACAGUAAGGUUAGUGAGUGUAAUGAAUGGAGCAUUUCUCUGAUCAAAAUGUUUGUUUGUGUGUUCUUUUUCAGUGAUCUCUAAGCAUGAAGCACAAUAUGUAAAUAAUGUGAUAUAUUUUGAUCUUUUUAAUUUUUGUAUAAAAAAAGGAAAAAAACUUUUGACAGUAAUAUAUUGACCUUUUUUUAUACUGGAUUCUGACAUUUGUGGACUUGGAAAAUAAUGUAAAGCUCUCAAACCUCUACCAUUGCAUGGUAACACCAGGAUUUGCUAAAGGUACUGAUGGCAGUAGCUGAGGAUGAACAGUGUUCCCUGCUCAUGCUGCAGUGUGAACUAACAGUACUGAGCCAGCCUUGUGUGCCUUACUGCAUGAAGGAGGGCAAAAUCCCUGUCCUAAUUCGGCUCUCAACUUCAUAUUUGCAUUGUACAUGCACAUUAAAAGGGUGAAAAAACCUGGCUGAAAGCAAAGAAAAGAAGGAUGCAGCCCUGACAAUGAAAGAAGCGGCUGUCUGCUGUCUGGUCAAACAGGAGAAGGAUUUGCAACCUGCAGAGGAAACAAAGCCAAGCUCCAUCCAUCACUACCUGCUGUGGGUGUGAUGGAAACAGCAGUUCUGGGGCUAAACUGAACAACCUUGACUGCUUGUGGUGAUUUCCUCUACAAUCAAGAGAAACCUUUUCCCUCCAGAGGAAGCACCUCUGGGUCCUGUUCUGGGGUAUGAUCCUGAAGAUGUGCCAGCACUUUGUUACUGUGGAACACAAAUUCCCCAGGAAGCCUCUACUGCAGAAUUUCAAACCAGAAAAACCUGGCAGUAUUUCAGUGCAGGGAGCUGCAGGACAGGGAAGGCUCUGCUCAAGUCCCUUCUUAAACAACAGAGCACAUAAUGUUGCUCUUGGAGUUCCCAGAAAUUGGGAGUUUGGAGUAUUUAACUGACUUGGUUUGUGGGAUUCAUUUGCUUUUUAUUUCUUCUUGGUUUACAUGGUUUUAACUGUAAACUAACUCUGUGCUCUCCUCUUGUUGUCUUAUUUUUCUUCACCUUUUCAUUCUCUUUUAUUAAAUUAUCUCUUCUCAGGCACAUCCCAUGCAGAGCAGGGUAGUGGAUAAAAAUCAUUAUUAUUUUGAUAUCUGCAUAUGCCACUGUGGGAUCAAUUAAAAUUGCAAACUAUUCCACAGUUCAGCAUUUUUAAGAUGUUGAAAAAACAGCAAUUGUGCAGCAGAGAGCCAUAAAAAAAUAUUUCAAAGAGGAAGAAGAUGGCUUA